AUGCUCUACAAACAUCCAAUUGCCCAAAGCCUCGACCGCCCCGGCACGCUCUUUCGCGACUUUGAAAGCAACGCGGGCGACAGCGAACAUGCGGGUGUCAAUGACCUGGGUUACUGGAGCAAUUCUCUGCGCUCGACAGACUACUGCGAGGAGGAGGAGGAGGAGGACACGACGGAGGAGGAGCAGGAGCAGGAGCAGGAGCAGGAGCAGGAGAAGGCUAAACUUGGCCAGCGUGAUGAGGGCAGCACCAGCACUCCGCCUGAGGUCGCAGGUCAGAAGACCAUGAGGCCAGAGAUGGUGGACUUGUCAAGCUACAAGUUUGAUCGCAACGAUCUCACCCUUCGCCUCUCUUUCAAGACGCUCCUCGGCCUGUCCGAUACCAGCCCUCCCCUCGAAGCCUAUCUCUCCGCCGACGACAUCGACCGGGACAAACGUCCUCACAAGGCGUAUGCGUGCACGCGCUCGCAUGGACCGGGUGUUUUGCUUGGGUCAAGGCUAGAGGAAAACCGUCUGCUUUCCCAAGUGCAAGGACCUCAUCUUCAGGUGCCGAACUCGCCCCUUCCACCCAUCGCCUGCUUCCACCUUCCCCUCUUCCGCCACGUCGGGAAUUUCAUCUGGUCCGUCUACACCAAGACUGAGUUCUUCCGAGACUUCCUCUUUACGCACGAACUUGUCGAAUGGGCUGGGUGUGGAUACGCCGGUACGAUCGUCAUCCAAGACAAGAACAUCAAGCCGGUGUCUGAGAUGGUUGCGGCUGCGAACGCGUUCUACAAGCCGCGACAAGACGACCCUCGUGGAGACGAAAGGGGCGGCAACCCUUCCACACAAGGCUACGGACGAGGGAUGCAGGUUGGCGGCCUCACUAGCCGGACCCUCUCCGUCGAAGACCUCUCUGUCUCCUUCAUUCCGAUCGUGGCAGACAACUUCGUCAAGUGCGCCGCGGAUUGGGAUACUUCGAUGAACGCCCUCGUGGAAGAGGGAAGCGUCCAUCGGUUCUUCGCCGACCUCGACUCGUUGGACGUCUUGUGGGUGAUGGACAAGGACGUUUUCCCGGCACCUACGCCAGUUCCGCCCGAGACGCCGCCCUCGAGACGCUUCGUUCCAGCGCUCCCAAAGGAGGCUCCUCCGGUUCGCAAGAGGCGACGCGCUGCACUGACAAAGGAGCAGCUGGAGAAGAUGGCCGCCGGGCAACGCAAGAGCCACAUCGCACAACGUGGCAGGAUAGCCGCUUGA